UCAAUUGCUCGCUUACAUAGUCUUGGUAUGGGUGAGAAAAUGGGAACUGAAAAGGAGCUUGUGGAUGAUCAACAUCCUGAAUAAUACAAAGAAACCAGCUUCAGAGAUUUCUUGAAUUUUCUUUCUAAUUAAUAAUGACAUUAGAGAAGGGAAGAGCUUGAAGAGUACGCUAAAGAUGAGGACAUAGAAGACUUGUCACUGAGGGGUAGUUCUUCAUCAUCUUGAUAGAGAUCAAGGUGUUUUUGCUCUCUUUAUAGCCUGUCAUCGUCUUUUCACGAGAAUUCUCCAAGUCUUCAGAGAAGGGAUAAGGUUGCAGAUGCACUAGCUGAUUAUAGAUUAGCUUGAAGUGAGAGUUAUAAUAGAGUAGGUCAGGUCUUGACACUCAUGCUUAUUGCUCUGUUAGCAUUCUGUCUUCUUCCUUUGAUGAGCGCCUUAUCGCUAGUAAUGUGUCUACAGAAGGGAGUUAACCAAUUUGAUAAUUGGCUUGUGUCAAGGCUCAUUGGUAAAAAUUUAGUUGUGUGUGCCAAUGACAGAGUUUGUGUCGGUACGUAGCUUUGGUUAUUUGUUGGGUUUUUGCAGGACAGGCUAAAUCAAUCUCUUCUGGAAAAAUCCAUCUGGUAGAUUUACAUCAUAGAUCGACCAAGUUGAGAUCCGAAAAAAAUUGCCGAAGCUUGCCCUUGUAUUUGGCAAUAGAUAAUUCAAAAUUAAAUGUAAACCGUUAAUUUAAAAACAAAGGCCCAAAUUAUGUAUGGAAAAACAAAAGGGGAGGUGAAGGCAACAAAUCAGAGAAACAGAUUCUCCCCAAUCCAUGCCUUUUCCCUUGAACUUGCCAACGCACAAUUAAAACUAGAAAACAGAAACUAUUCUUCCAUUUCUGUGCUUAGAGUAACAAUCUCUCUUUCCCAUUCUUCUCAUCCUCUGUAUUUUUUCUAUUACUAGUGCAUAAUUUAAGAAGCUAAAAAGAAAAGAUAUGUAUCGAUCAGCGAGCUGGACCAGGAUUGCAGAUGAUUACUUCCUUCACUCAUCGCAAAAUGGGGCAGGAGGGAUGAGAAUUACAUCUUCAGCGGAAGAGAAUGAACUACCAGCUUAUGAUCCAAUCACGGAAAUGGCAAAGAAGGAAAAACGUAAUAAGUUUGCUGAGAAUGCCGUGCAUGUUAUUCCUUUUGUGCUGAUGCUUUGUGCCUUUAUUUUAUGGUUCUUUUCCAAUCCAGAUGUGGAGGUGGGAAUUAAAACGGAUUCCAUAGCAGCAAGAAUUGAAGGGUUGACGAUCGAAGGAGACAUUGAUACUGACAGUGACGGUACACAAACAGGGUUUUUACCAAUUGAUUCGGUAGAUUUGGAUGGCUCCAGAAGAACAACAGAUGAUAAAAUUUCCAGGAAAUUGGCAAAGAAAACUUAAUGAUGGAGUUAUCUUUCUUUGAGUAACGAAUUUCGCAGAAGAAAUGGCAAUUUUAUUUUUGUGGACUUUCAUUUUCAGACCCCAUUUGCUUUAUAAUUUUUUAUUUUUUCAAUCAAAUCUGAGUGCACAAUGCUCU